UCUCCCAGCUGAGGGGUGGAGGCUGACGGCUGAUGCCUUUCUGAGGAGAGGAUGGAGGAAACAGGGAAUUAGCGGCUCUUCUUCAGUCGGUGUUCGCAGAGACAGAGCCGUGAUCAGCAGCCUCAGCAGGGACAUUUGUCUUUUCAUGGGGCAACAAACGGCUUAAAAUGACCCGGGGAGUGAAUCUGCAGCGCGAGGCUUGAAUCCACCCAGAAACCCCAUGGAGCAGGAUGUGGAGAGCCCGGCCUACAUCAAACAGCCCAAGCUGCCAAAGCAGGCCCGUGAGGACCUGCCUAAAAAGCUGGCAGAAAUGGACAGAGCAAAGAGGAUCCAGCGGUACGUCCAGAAAGAUGGAAAGUGCAACGUCCAUCACGGGAAUGUUCGAGAGACGUACCGCUACCUGUCAGACAUUUUCACCACGCUGGUAGAUCUCAAAUGGAGGUUCAACCUGUUUAUCUUCGUGUUGGUGUACACCGUGACGUGGCUCUUCUUCGGCUUCAUGUGGUGGCUUAUUGCGUACCUUCGAGGGGAUCUGGACCAUUUAGCGGACAACCAGUGGACUCCGUGUGUCAAUAACCUCAAUGGGUUUGUAUCAGCUUUUCUGUUCUCCAUUGAGACUGAGACCACCAUCGGUUACGGGUACAGAGUCAUCACAGACAAGUGCCCAGAGGGGAUCCUUCUGCUUUUAGUUCAGUCGGUGCUGGGAUCUAUCGUGAACGCCUUCAUGGUGGGUUGCAUGUUUGUUAAGAUCUCACAACCCAAGAAGCGAGCUGAGACACUAGUGUUUUCCACCAAUGCGGUCAUCUCAAUGAGAGAUGGACGGCUGUGCCUGAUGUUCAGAGUCGGAGACCUCCGAAACUCGCACAUCGUGGAGGCUUCAAUCAGGGCCAAGCUUAUCAAGUCGAAGCAGACCAAGGAAGGGGAGUUCAUCCCUUUGAACCAGACGGACAUAAAUGUGGGUUACAACACGGGAGAUGACAGGCUCUUCCUGGUGUCGCCGCUCAUCAUCUGCCAUGAGAUCAACCAGAACAGCCCCUUCUGGGAGAUCUCACAGGCCCACCUGGCCAAGGAUGAGCUGGAGAUCGUUGUGAUUCUGGAGGGAAUGGUGGAGGCCACAGGCAUGACGUGCCAGGCGAGGAGUUCAUACAUCAGCAGUGAGAUCAAGUGGGGCUACCGCUUCACCCCAGUCCUGACGCUGGAGGACGGCUUCUACGAGGUGGACUACAACAGCUUCCACGACAUCUAUGAAACUAACACACCCACCUGCAGUGCCAAAGAGCUCGCUGAUAUGACCAAUCGCGCCCGCUUGCCCCUCACCUGGUCACUGGCCAGCAAGCUCAGCCAGCAGGGGCUGCCGGAGUCGGAGCAGGAGGGCCAGGAGACCAAGACCAGCCUGGAUGACCAGGGGAAGAGCCAGCAGACUGAGAGGAAUGGGGACAUUGCCAACUUAGAGAGUGAGUCCAAAGUGUGAUAGAGGGACAGAAAGUCUGAGGUCCAUAUGAGAUUAUUGUGUGCACUCCGGUUUCGUACGGACACACAAGCUCGCGAAGCACAGGUGAGAGUUUGAGGUACUUAAACGAGGACCAGUGAGCACAGUAGACCAAGUAUCCCUGCACCAAGAACCACUUCUUCUCAGUGAUUUCACAGUUACCCCAAAAACAACAAACCAAGUAGACAUGUGGCCCACCGCUGAACUGAAAAUCCUCUGCGGGACGUGCAUGUUUCAAAUAUAAUGUGAUGUCCUCCUGAUGAGAUUCCUAUUAUUUUUUCUAUUAAGAUAUUACUAGGGGCAUUUGCAUAAGUAUUUUUGUAUAUACUACAAAAUGUUUUGAAUUCUUUGUUUUGUUGCAGUGUGAAUAUUUGACAGAUGUUUGAUACUAAUUCUUUUAGGUUAGUUCUGUAUAUUCUCUGCCUUACUGUAUGUAUAAAGCUUUCAUUAUUCGUUUUUUUCAGAAAUACUAUAUUAGCAUGUAUAAACGUUCUCUGCAGUUAAUUUAUCUUGUAUUGUGUAUAUACUGUAAUGUUAUAAGGAACACAUACCGCUCAAUGGAUGCAAACACUAGUUUAAACCAAUGACAAAUACUUCCCCACAUGAUAAAUGUUUGUUUAAGGUAGUACUUCACACUGCGUUUCCUUUAGAAGCCAUGACUUGCUGUUUACAGCUGGGUGACUUCAGACAACGGCCCUUUAACAACUGCAUCUUGUCACUUUUGCACAGCGGAGGCCUCUGAUGGAGAAGGUUAGCCGCUGUUUCUGUCUCCGGAAAUCCUUCACAUGUCAC